UCUGAAGUUUAGAAUCUCACACUUUGAAUUCAACGUAAAUUCAACUGGAAAAUUCUUGAUUAAUGGGUGUUCGGUUUGUUUCUGCCAAACUUACUCAAACUAGGACUCAAGGAAAUGAAACUAUCGAAUUGGAUAUAGAGAGUGAAAAGUUUUCAGUUAUUAACGUGGUGAUGUAGGCGUGUCUACAUCUCAACUAGACUCAUUUGAAAAUUUUUCAACAGGAAAUCAAAGACCUUUUAGUGUUUUAAAACUUAAGAAGAGUACAAUAUAACAUUAUUUUGGUGCAACUAUUGUCUCCGCGUCACAAUGUCACCGCAUUGUCGCCGUUAUUUUAUGAGUGUGAUUUUUAAAAAAAAUAUUGUGAACACUGAAGGGGGCUGAAAAUAUGUAUUUAUAAAUGUUGUAACCCUUAGCCUCGUUGAAUACAUUUGUCCAGGUUAGUAGAGUGAUGCGUGUACUUCUCCUUUUGGCAGGAGCACUUUCAAUAACCAGUACUAAUAAACUUAGCACCUCCUCCUUCAAAAAUGACAGCACCCCGAGUUUCCUUUUGAAAGUUAUCCAGCAUACUUUGAGUUUAUCUAAAAGAUCGUCGAUACACAUCUUCAACCACGAUGCGCAACAUUCACCCUCUCAGCUGAUUUACAUGCUCCACGAGCACCACAUCCAUACCACAGUGGGAUCAAUCCCUGACCUUAAGACCCAACAAAGUCCGAAAAACAUGCUAUUCUUACUUCGCGAUUGCGGUGACAUCUUCGAACUUAUCGCAAAUUCUACAAAGAAUAGAAAAAACCUAAGCAUUGAAAAUCCUUUACUAAUAACUCCAAAUCACCAAGAUCUGAAGAUUGGUCUGAGCGACGCAAACUUCACUAAAAGCUGGACAAAUGAAGCGAAAAUGAAAGGGAUCAUCUUAGAUUCCAAUCACGCGGAUUUUCAAGAGAACUCUAUCAUACCGCCACAAAGUCUAGAAGGGAGACUGCUGUAUCAUCCAGUCUGGAACGGAGAGAACUACCUCAUUUUCAAUAUCUGGAAUGCCGGGUCAGCCGAACAGUUUUGUGCGAAUAAUCCUCCUCACAACCAAAACAUAGAGCGUGCCCUGAUACCCACAUUCAAAUUCAUGUGGAAAUUUUUCCGUGGUCUCAAAACCAUAAUCUGUAUCGGUGACCAUUGCUUCGGCUACGACCCGUUCACAGAGACCAUCACCUCCUUCUCCGCCAAAAACGAAUCCUUCUUCGACUACUCAAUGUCGGACAUCCGCGGAAAGCAAAUCUCGAAUCUUGUUUACGACUCAAGAGAUCCUUGCGACUACUAUUUCGGGCUGAAGCACUGGGACGAAUUCCAACAUUUCCUCAUGGAAACCGUCGUCGAACACAUGAACGGUUUUCUUUACCAAGAAUGUUGUAAGGUUGAAGGCGACCGCGACGAGUGCCAUCUGGAUUUCUCCGGGAGGAUCGAAAAAGACGUUGACGUGGUCACGUUCGAGGCACGUCUCGAGGACGACGAUUUCCGUCAUCUCGACGUCGUUUCGAUGUACGAUUUCGGGAAGCUUUGCUUCAUCGUCCCCGAUAAAGGGUACAUGCCCUCCUAUCUUAUUCCCACACGAUGUUUCUCCGCUAUCGUCUGGUUGUGGACGAUCCUUUCCGUCGCUACUUUCGUCACCGUGCACGAAGGCUAUCGUAGAUUCUACUUGAUGACAGGAGUAGAUCCGACUGUAGAGAGCGUCUCGACAUUCUUCAUCGUCUACCGUUUCAUACUCUGCGCGGCCCAUCCUCGAUUGCUUCUCGGCCACCUCACGGGGAGGAUCCUAUUCGUGGUCUUCUCUUUCUCGUGCCUGGUUUUAACGACUGCCUUCUUGAGCACUAUGGUUACGUUCCAGAGCAUAAGGUUGCGAUUUGAUGCUCCACACACAACUGAAGAUUUGCGGAAGUCGGACGUACUUUUCCAGAUGAGCAAAGCGCCUUCCAAGUUAUUCCUUUUCUUGGAUGACCCCAUGUACGAUUGGCUGGAAUCGCGAUUCAUUCACUCCUGGUACGAUUACAGGCUCGGACGCGACGAAUUCUGGGUCGUGCUAGGGCACAACAACACCGAUGACACCGUGUAUUACGACAGUUUAUUGGGACUCAACCUCUCCGAGUUGGCUUUGAAAAGCAUGCUGAAAGCCGAGAGGUCAAUUUUCCACAAUGAUGGUUUCGUUGCGUUCCUUCCAAACUUGGCCAGUAAGAAGGAGCUAUUCAAGGUCCCGGAUAUGGGCUCGUUGCGCAGCAUCGGGUAUGACUACCAUAUCGUGAGGGAGUGUAUCAUGAGUUACCCUUACGACAUGCGGCUGCUGUCCGGUUCCGUGUACGCCGCUAAGAUCAAGUCGGCGGUCGCGCGGUUAAUCGAGGCCGGAAUAACCACGAGGGCGUUUGCGAAUCUCUUGGGGGAUAAUUAUUACGAGCAUUUCCGGAGGUAUGAAGAGGUUUAUGGAGCGCAGCCACCUAGACCCUUCGGCAUGGAUGACUUGCAGGUCGCUUUUGUUGUUUUGAUUGUUGGGCAUGUUCUGAGUUCGAUCUUGUUUAUAAUGGAGUUCAUCUGUUCGAAGUAAAUGUGUAGUAGGGACUUAUGAAAAAAACAGCACGUCUGGUAUGAUUAUGUUCCUGGAAUGGCAGAAGAUGUCAGGUUGUCCAAGAAGAAGAUAAGUGAAACGUAGGUAUGUUGUGCCAAGUCCUCUCGGCUCCCGCCGCUAUAAAGCUCUGCCGUGCUAAAGAAGAACGCCGUAUGAGCCUUCAGCCGUUGCCAAGCUUCCUCCGAUUAAAACCGAAUUUACUGGGAAAAUUGCGGAUAUUAUUUUCCAUAAU